UUCAUAAUCUUUUCCACUAAUUAGACUCGGGAGGAGUUUAAGAGAAGAAAGAAAAAAUCACAAAUUCACAAAGAAGAUAAUAAUACAAUAAGCAAGUUGGUAUUUGCGGUGAAAUCAACAGGAAAAAGAGUCGCGGCUUGAGUCGGAGUUUAUCCGGGUCUCUCACUCCACAAACACACCAUGGACUUGCUCUCGCUCUCAUCUCCUCUAACCCCUUCCUUGUCAUCUCUUAAUCUUAAACUUAAACAUAAACCGUCUCUUACUUUCCCAAACCCUAAGCCUUCCUUUUUGUGUUUCACACCCAAACCCCUUUCUUCAUCUGUCAAACUGAAAACCACUCCUAAGUGCCUAAAAUUGUCAGCCCCUCAGAGCCCCGCCACCGCUAUGCGAGGGGCGGAAGCUGACGCUAUGGGUUUACUGCUCAAGGAGCGCAUUGUUUUCCUAGGUAACUACAUUGAUGAUUUUGUCGCCGAUGCCAUUAUCAAUCAGUUGCUGCUUUUGGAUGCUCAGGACCCUAAUAAAGAUAUCAGACUCUUCAUUAAUUCCCCUGGUGGUUCUUUGAGUGCUACUAUGGCUAUAUAUGAUGUAGUGCAGCUUGUCCGGGCUGAUGUUUCCACGGUUGCACUUGGCAUUGCAGCAUCAACAGCUUCUAUUAUCCUUGGUGGUGGCACCAAAGGCAAGCGCCUUGCAAUGCCAAACACACGAAUAAUGAUUCAUCAACCUCUAGGAGGUGCUAGUGGACAAGUUAAAGAUGUAGAAGUCCAAGCACGGGAAAUUAUGCAUAACAAGAAUAAUGUGACGAGAAUAAUUUCUGGUUUUACUGGUCGUUCGUUUGAACAAGUCCAGAAGGAUAUUGAUAGAGAUCACUAUAUGUCUCCAAUUGAAGCAGUUGAAUAUGGAAUGAUUGAUGGAGUUAUUGAUAGAGAUAGCAUCAUUCCAUUGGUCCCUGUGCCAGAAAGAGUGAAGCCAAGACUAAACUUGGAGGAAAUGAUGAAGGAUCCAAGGAAAUUCAUCACCCCUGAUAUUCCAGAUGAUGAGAUAUACUAGUUUGGGGAAUUUGAUGCUGUUUUCGUGGUCUUGCUUUUUGUGUUAGUUGCAAAGAACUUUGUAAUUGAAAAUACUAUAGUUUUUGUCCUUUUCAAUUGACACACAAAGAUGAAUUUCUUGGUUGCUUCAUUGAGAAUGUGGUCCAAGCAAUGUAGAUUGUGUUUUAGAAAUGAUAUGAAAAUCGUUUUUGUGAAGCUACAAACUUUUGGUUCCUCUUGAGGUCUCUGGUUGUUUUUGUAUUCAAGCGGGCAGCGUAAGAUGUGGAGGUUUCCUGAUUGAAAGACAGUUUCUGGA